AUGCGGCGUACAAACUGUUCGCGUUUUUGGCUUGCGAAACUGUACAGCAACGGGAUCACAAAAGUGCUUCUGGAUGAAACAGCGAAUGUAUUAGCCGAAUUAAUCUCGGAAGCGGACAAUGCUUUGGUAGUGCUGCAUAAUUCGUUGCGCAGCGAUUGCUUGCUGCCCGAUGUGCCACUGUGCCAGCUGAGCUCUCUGGAUUUUGGCUGCUGCGAACUGGACGCGGACGAUGCAAUGUGGUCUCAGUCCGAUCGCCUUCUUUUUGCCUGGAUUUCCCUUUUCGCGCCGAAUUGGUGCGAUGAUUUGCGAAAUUUUGUGCUGGACAAUUUGGGCACCAGCAAUGGCGAUUUACGUCUUGCUGUAUUGAGCUUUAUGCGCAGUGCCGAUGAGACAUUCCGCAUGGAUUUAAGCCAGAAGUUAUUGCGAGAGGUGGACAUUCGCAAUUAUCCACGUCGAAUUUUGUUUGCUUUGAAACUUCUCAAUGGACAGACCCUUCACAUAUCGAAUAGUUUCGUUGAGCAUAUUGCUGAGUUACUCAGUAGCGGUAACGCAGAGAUGAGGUUAAUUUUUACCAAAAUUCUUUUUUUCCAGAUGCAGGCUUUUUUUUUUGUUCUGCAUGAUGAAUCAUACAUUAAAGAAUGUAGUCAGCCGGAAAUGGAGUAUUUUUGA